CCAAACAGCAGUUUGUCUGAAUGGUUUCAAGGUGAAACAGUGAACACGGCAGCAGCCUGUGGCUUUGGAAAAGGGAUUCAUUAAUAUGAAGAAUGAGGAACUCUGAAGAUGUAACAACUCUCCAUAUGGAGGUUCAGUAAUCACCACAAACUUGCCAGUUUCUCUCUGGAUCAAGUCCUGUCUCCAGUCCAGGCGGUUGCUGUGGUGACGGAGGACUGGUCUGCCGGGUUUUUGAGCUGGGAGACAUGACGGGGGACAGCGGGAGCUUGACAGUGAUCUUCAUGCUUUGCCAAGUCAACAGUUUGGCGUCUCUAGCUGCUGCUGGAUGGAUACAACCACACUGCUCUCACAACAACGGCACAAAUGAAAAACUCUCAAAGCAGAACAAUCACGAGAACAUCUCUGAUGGCCUUCAGCUGCUUCCCAUCAUUGAGCUUCCACAUAUGUCUGGCGGUUGGAGAAGGAUAAAGAGGGAGUGGGUUAUUCCACCCAUAAACUUUCCAGAAAAUGAAAGGGGUACAUACCCUAAACGUGUGGUAAAGCUCCAGUCCAGUAAGAACCAAAAGGUGGCCAUCACCUACGAGAUCAGUGGCUCAGGUGCAGAUCAACCCCCUGAGGGCAUUUUUAUGGUUGACGGGCGAUCUGGUGUGAUGUAUGUGACCCAGCCUCUGGACAGGGAGAAAAGACCCAAAUACAAACUGUGGGCCCACGCGCUGAGUGAGGGGGUCAAAGUGGAGGAGCCCAUGGAGCUGGUAAUCAAUAUCAUAGACCAGAAUGACAAUCCUCCAGAGUUCACGCAGAAUCUGUUCACUGGGAAAGUGAAGGAAAGCGCUGAUGUUGAUGAGCCUAUCGUUAAAGUAACAGCCGUGGAUAAGGAUGAUGCAGAGACGGAGAAUGCCAUUAUUAGGUUUAAAAUAAAAGCUCAGAUGCCUCAAACACCUGCAGAAGACAUGUUUGCCGUAAACCCAGUGAGUGGAGUGAUUAGUCUGAAGACGGGUGGACUGGACAGAGAAACUCAACCUGAGUACCGGCUGAUCAUAGAGGCUGCUGACAUGGAGGGGAAAGGGUUAACAGCCACCUGCACUGUUGUGAUUAUCAUUACUGACUGCAACGAUAAUGCUCCACAAUUCACUAUGACAACUAUUUCUGCAUCCGUGCCUGAAAAUGAGGCCGGAGCAGAGGUCACGAGACUAAAAGUCACUGACGUGGAUGAGCUGGGAUCUCCGAAUGCCAAUACCAAGUACUCGAUCGUCAAAGGCAACAAAGGUGGAGAGUUCGAUGUAACCACGGGGUCUGAUCAAAUGGAGGGAGUUAUCACGACUGCCAAGGAGCUGGAUUUUGAGAGCGUUCCUGUCUUUACUUUGUUGGUGGCGGUAACAAACGAGGCGCCGUUUUCUGGACCCGCUGCCGUCUCAACAGCCACGGUCACCGUGAGAGUGGUGGACAGGAACGAACCCCCCUUAUUCAGUCCCGCUGAGGUGCAUGUGAGCAUCUCGGAGGACGUGGAAGUAGGAACCUCUGUGAUCCAGCUCCGAGCCAAGGACCCAGACACAAGCAGGAAGCAGAACAUUAGAUAUGAACUACACAACGACACUGCCAGGUGGCUGAGCGCCGAAAAUGACACGGGAUUAGUCAAAGUUAAAAGCAGCAUGGACCGAGAAUCACGCUUUGUUCAAAACAACAAAUACACAAUUCUGAUUCUAGCUUAUGAUGACGAUGCUACUCCAGCUACAGGCACGGGCACUCUGGUCGUGACUUUGCUGGAUGUGAACGACAAUCACCCCGUGAUCAGACAGAGAAAAGCAAGUCUAUGCAACGAAAACCCUUCCCCUGCCCUCCUGGACAUCGUGGACCUGGAUGGACCUGGUCACGCUGGGCCCUUCACUGCGGAGCUUGUAGGAGGACACAAGAUGAACUGGACCGUUCAGACCAAUUCCACAAUUUCUUUUCCAGGUGACGUAGCAGCCCUGACCCCCAAAUGGGACUUGCCUCCUGGCGACUACAAUGUGCUGAUGCGCGUUUAUGACGUGGGCAUGUUACAUCGAGACACCACGUUGGAUGUGGAAGUGUGCCAGUGUCAGGGGGCAGUUUCCAGCUGCUUCAUCCCACGCUCUGCCCCACAGCGACGUAUUCCCUCUCUCGCAUCCUCACUUCUGGGGGGGAUUUUCAUUGUUCUGUUGCUGCUCCUGCUCCUUUUGUUUUUGCUGAGAAGGAGGAUGAGGGUGAUGAAGGAUGCUUCCCUUCUUGAAGAUUUACCCAGAGACAACAUCUUGUGCUACAACGAGGAGGGGGGAGGCGAGGAAGACCAGGGAUUCAACAUGAGCGCUCUCCACAGAAGACAGCAUGAACAUCCCGAAGUCUGCAGCGCUGACGUGUUUCCAGCCGUCCAGAGUCGCCCGGGUCAUGGCUUUCAGAUGCACGUCGACGAGGAGAUUGGCAAAUUCAUUGAGGAUAACCUGCGAGCUCUCAACAGUGACCCCACGGCUCCUCCUUACGACUGCGUCCUGGUGUUUGACUACGAAGGUGAAGGCUCUGAGGCGCGGUCGCUCAGCUCCAUCACCUCCUCAGACUCAGAUGAGGUGCAGGACUUUCACAGCUUAGUUCAGUGGGGACCACGCUUCAGCAGACUGGCAGACCUGUACACAGGGGGCAGAGAGGAGGAUGACGACAGUCACACACUGCCGGGAAGAACAGAGUGGGUGUGAUGAGCCUAUUUAUAGGUCCUCCGAUGGUCUGUGACCAUCUGCUCCAGAUCUUCAGAGUGCCGUGUGACCUCUUUCUGCUUCCCUCUUCGGUUUUUUUAGACUUUUUCAGGAAUCCACCUCAGAUAUUUAUGAAGAGACGAUCUCAAAAAUAAAACAUGUUCACGCAUCUUGUGUUUUGAUAUGUUUUAACUCGUUUGGUGUCAUAAUUUAGAUUAGUGGGUUCUGCCUUCUAUCAACCACACAGUUAUGCUGUUGUUUUAUUACUGUAUAAGCUUUUGCUUAAUAUUUGUAUGUCAUCAACCUGUCAUGGACAGAAGAGGAAAAGGAAUCAGUGUGGCCAAAUCUGACACAGUUACAUGACAGAAUUAAGUUCUCAUGUGGGGAAAAAAAAGUCUUAAAUUGAAAUAAAAAACACACUAACGCUGAUUAUUAUAUUGGUUUA